UACUUCCUUUCGCACAGCCCGACACGAAGAAAUCAAGAAAGAAGGCGUCUGUAAGUUUUAAAUGCUGCCGUCAACAGUCGCGUUCUGAGCUCAGUUUUCUGUUCGUUUUCAUCGUUAAAAACGCGGCAUGUGGCGCGCGCUGUCUGAGAAGUGAAGAAUAGUUGAGAAACGUAGACCCGAACGUGUAGGCCUCCGAAGAAAGUUUGGUCGAGGGCCUGUAAACAACAUGUCCUCCGCCUCGCAGUCUUCCUCCAGACGGCAGUGGUGCUACCUCUGCGACCUGCCCAAGAUGCCCUGGGCCAUGCUGUGGGAGUUCAGCGAGGCCGUGUGCCGCGGCUGCGUCAACUAUGACGGCGCCGAUAGGAUCGAGCUGCUCAUCGAAACAGCCAGGCAACUCAAGAGCACGCACGGAGUGUUGGACGGCAGGUCCCCCGGUCCUCAGCAGGGCAAACCCAGUUCGGCCGGGCCCCUCGAAGCGGGGCGGCAACACGGAGAGCGUGUGGAGAGGGGGAGGGGUGAAUAUGGGGUGUCCUCUCGCCUCCCCAACGGCCUGCACAGACCCGAGGAUGUGGCCCUGUCAGAGGGCAGCAGACAGAGCCCCAACACCCGCAGGGCCAUCGUUGGGGCAGUUCCUAGUCUCCAUGGCACCAUAUCCCAUGCCUUGAUAGCUCAGGGGUUAGUAGCAGCCCCUCAUGGGCUUCUAGCCCCCUUAUCAGGCUCAAGAGCUGGGGCCACACCAAUCGCAGUCUCUGCUGGCCCCAUAAUGGGUGAGGCUAGCAGGAGACAGGCUGUGUCGCUGGGUGUGGGGGCCAGCACCUCUGCUUUGGUGGGAAUAGAUCCUGGAGUGUGGAGGAACAAUGAAGUGAUGGCAGAACUGAAUGAGGUGUCCCGCAACAGGGUCGAGGGCUGGCCAAACCGUCCCAAAGCGGUCCGGGAUGUGCUGGUAGCUCUCAGCAGUUGCGUCCCCUUCAACGUGCGCUUUAGGAAAGACCACAAUCUGAUGGGUCGGGUUCUGGCCUUUGAUGCCAGCACAACCCAAGAGUUUGAGCUGAAGGUGUUUGUGGAGUAUCCUGCCGGCUCUGGAAUGAUCUUCUCAGGAGUCCCAGAUCUGGUUAGGCAGAUGUUCCGUGAUUCAGCCAAAGACGCAGGGAAAGCAGUGAACUCUGGGCUACGUUACGUGGAAUACGAGAAGCGGCAGGGCACAGGAGACUGGCGUGGGCUGUCUGAGCUGCUCAAUGAUGGUGUGCGGAUGUUCAAGGAGCCCCCGAUCCCAGAGGUGCUGCCUCAGCCAGAUGCAGGGUUGCCCAUGGCCACCGUUGGACGCCCGGUACCAGCAAAGGGCACGACUCGUCGCCGCAAGGCCUCUCCGGGCUCAGAGAACGGGGAGAGUGAAGGCAGGUCUGAUCACCCAGUGAGGGAGCCCUGGCCCCGAGGUGCUUACUCAGGCAUGGAGCCUCUUCCUGGCAUGGCCGCUCCUCAAGAGGGCCCGCCCCGUUUACACAGCCAGCCCUCACCCAUCUCAGCGCUCAUAGGAGUCGCAGACAGUCUGAGCUCCAGUCAGAUGCCCAGAGACAGCCCCAGCAUGUCCACAGCGCACUCCUCCUCUGCCGGGCGUCCCACCAGCAGCAGCCCCUCCACCGCAUCCACCUCCGUCUCCCAGGCUGCCUUGGGCCAAGGUUUAAGUGCGGCGGGGCAGAGCAGCAACGCCAGCGGCGGGGAGUCCACGAGCAGCACCCAGGGCACCCUGCUGUGCUGCACACUCUGCAGAGAGCGCCUGGAGGACACUCAUUUCGUCCAGUGUCCAUCUGUCUCGCACCACAAGUUCUGCUUCCCCUGCACCCGAAGAUUCAUCCGUAACCAGGGUCAGGGCGGGGAGGUGUACUGCCCCAGCGGAGAGCGUUGUCCCCUGGCUGGGUCCUCGGUGCCCUGGGCCUUCAUGCAGGGAGAGAUCUCCACCAUCCUGGCUGGAGACGGAGACGUGACAGUAAAAAAAGAGAGUGACCCCUGACCUCUCCAUCCUGAUGUGGUGAAUGUGGAUCAAACACUUUGAAAGCACUUCCCUGUUAUCUCAAGCAGAGGUCCACUUUGGCUGCAGUUCAUCAUGUGCCUCUGAAAACAGCCCAGGAGAACAGCUACACACACACAAACACACACACACACACACACACACCUAUAACUACAGACUGGCUCUGAGAGGAGGGACAUGUCCGUCUGUCAGGGCUCGGCUGGGCUGAAUGUUGAGUCCCGACCAAUUCUCUCUCUCUCUCUUCUCAGUCCUUCGCAGCAGAGGCCUCGAUUUCAAAGCCCACAAUAGAAAGCACAUCCUUCUUUCAAGAAUGACAAUCUCUUGUCUUUCCUUUGUGUUUUUGUUAUGUGUUGCGUACAGAUGGAUGGCAGUGGUAUUGCCACACAGUUUGCCAGAAUCAUGCAUUUCUUUGAAAAACAAAUGAAUGUUGAAAAUGCAGCAGAAGCAUUGGGUCCUUAAAGCUAAGGUUUGCAAACAUGUAAUCCCACAGUAUGUCUCUUAGGUAUUCUCCUUCUAUUGUAUGUCAAAAAUGUGAAUUUACUUUCAAUAUGGCUAUGUAAUUUCUAUUUUUGAUACAAUACAAAUUUCUAUGUAUUUGUUUAUAGUGAUAAGAAGACCAAAGAUGGCUUCAUGCUCAAUGUAAUUUUAUUGUAUUGUAGCAAUGUAUGCUGUAUUCAUCAGUCACUAAUUUGUUCAUCUAUCACAGAGGUAAGCUUGUUUUGUCUAUUUACUUUUUGAAUUCUAUGUAUGGUAAGAAAAUUAGCACCACAGUGUUCAAUGGUUAACCCAUAUACUCGUGAUCUUCACAGAUCAAUUGUACAAUAAAUGACUCAAUAGUUAUUAGAGCUGGUUUAUUCUUUGAACUUGACAUCGUUGACACUUUGGCAUUUUUUAAAGAAAACCUUACUCGAUAAAUAUCUGACAGAAAUAUGAAAAACCCACACUAGAUAUUGUAGAAGCCCUUAUUCCCUUGAUUAGCAUCUCUCCCGUGAGCCACAGUGAACAGCAUUCUGAACACAGUGCCUGUAGACAGUGUGCAGAGUGCAAAAAUAAAAGUUAUCAAGCAUUCUGAAAA